AGCGUCCCUCGCGCGCCGCGCGACUAAUACCGAACGGGCAGGCGGUGAAGAAGAGGAAAAGAGGCAAAAGGGAGUGGAGUGCGCGGUUGUCCGGGCGGCCAUUGCGGGUAUCUUGUGUGAGACUGAACGUGAGCGCGCGAUCUCGUGUGUCGUACAACACACAAUAGAGAAAUCCAGUAGGAUUAACGGUCAUCCCCGUAAUAAGGUGCUCCGUGUGAAGCUCGGGAUACAUACUGAGACUUCGGCCCAAUGGCUGAGACCGACAAGUUAAACAUCGACAAUAUCAUAGCUCGGCUCUUGGAAGUACGAGGAGCUAGGCCAGGCAAAAAUGUUCAAUUGACAGAAGUAGAAAUCAGAGGACUGUGUCUCAAGUCACGUGAAAUUUUUCUAUCACAGCCUAUCCUGUUGGAACUCGAAGCACCAUUAAAAAUAUGUGGUGACAUCCAUGGUCAGUACUAUGACUUGUUGCGAUUAUUUGAAUAUGGUGGUUUUCCACCUGAGAGCAACUAUCUCUUCCUAGGAGAUUAUGUUGACAGAGGAAAACAAUCGUUAGAAACUAUUUGUCUCCUUCUUGCCUAUAAAAUCAAAUAUCCUGAAAACUUUUUCUUAUUAAGAGGAAAUCAUGAAUGCGCAUCCAUUAAUAGGAUAUAUGGUUUUUAUGAUGAAUGUAAACGUCGUUACAACAUUAAACUAUGGAAAACGUUUACCGAUUGCUUUAAUUGCCUGCCUGUCGCUGCGAUAGUGGACGAAAAAAUAUUCUGCUGCCACGGAGGUUUGAGUCCGGAUCUGCAGAGUAUGGAGCAGAUCAGGCGUAUUAUGCGACCGACGGAUGUACCUGAUCAGGGAUUACUUUGUGAUUUAUUGUGGUCAGAUCCCGAUAAGGAUACUAUGGGCUGGGGUGAAAAUGACCGUGGUGUAUCAUUUACGUUUGGUGCAGAAGUUGUGGCCAAGUUUUUACAUAAACAUGAUUUUGACCUUAUAUGCCGUGCUCACCAGGUAGUAGAAGAUGGCUAUGAAUUCUUUGCCAAACGACAGUUGGUGACACUGUUUUCCGCUCCAAACUACUGUGGUGAAUUCGACAAUGCUGGUGCCAUGAUGUCGGUGGAUGAGACACUCAUGUGCAGUUUCCAAAUCUUGAAACCAGCCGACAAGAGGAAAUUUUCAUAUGGCGGUUUGAAUGCGGGACGGCCCGUAACGCCACCACGGGGCGCAAAUAAUAAGAACAAGAAGAAGUAAAACUCUUAGACUUACUUUUUCGAAUGCGAUAUUUAGAAUCUUACGACCGCUACCCCCGAUUCACCAUCUGUUAUGACGUUAAGUUCUUGUAAGAGAAAGAAAGAGAGAGAGAGAGGGAGAGAGAGAGAGAGAGACAGCGAGAAAAAAAAGUUGUAAUGAUUAUUAUUAUCAAUAUUAUUAUUACUACUAUUUUCAAUUGACUACGAAGCCUUGCAGAGAUAAGUCACGGGGUAUCGUGAAUACAUGAAUCGGAAAAAUCUGAAGGGGCGUUGCUUUCCAUAGAGAUCGUUAUCGAAAGUAGUAAGCGUAUGUCUGUAGCUAAAUGUGUUACUAUAUAAAAAACUACGGUAGUGAUAAAGUCGUUUUAUCGACAAUAAGGUGAAAACUGAUUUGGCUGCCACGACAUUCUUAACAGCAAUAGCAAAAAGUAAGGGAAAAAACUGACAGCCAUGUUUAAUUCGCCAUUCACAUUCGUAAAUCAUAUAAUCAUGUGUCUUUUAAUUCAUUUGUCAUUUGGAUUCGUUCAUUGGUGUUGUUAGUAUCAUUUGCCAAGAUCUCUUUCGACUACUUCGCACUGUGGCGAAAAUUAACACGAUAAUUAGGGCAAUGUCUCUCACAUACAAACACACACAUAUGAAUCACGUACACGCGCACAUUUAUAUACACACGUAUACCGAUUUCGCUUCUUUUCAUUAUGUAAGUACGUCGUUAACGAAGAUAUCGAUACACAAGUAACUAGCGAUCGCCUAUACACAAUUCUUUAAAGUAUGAUAGAUAUUUAUAGUGCUUGAUACUUCUCUAUAAGUUGCACAAAUUUGUAAACGACAUCUAUUACGUUAUACGUACUUUUAUAAAGAUACAUUUGUAUGCAUCGUGAAAUGUAAGAGGUGAAAGAACGAGAAGGAGGGAUCGAGAGAGCGAAAGAUAGGAUUUAAUUUUAAAAGCAAAUGUCAGAAGAUUUGACAAGUUAUAAUUACCGCUUAUGUACCGUACUAUUAUUUGUGCCUCUCGAGAUAAACAGCUUUCACGAUUUACGAUUAUUACGGUGGGCAAGGCUUCUCUGAAAAAAACAUCUUGAUAACAUUAUAUAAUCUGUAGAUGUAGGAGGGUAUUAAUCGUGCGACUAACGGACACACAGACAGAUACGCGCGAGCGUAUCGCACAGCGAUCGAUGUCACCGUAAUAUAGGCGUCUAAUUCCGAGAGAUAAUAAGGAAAGGGGAAAUGUUUUCCUUUUGCAACAUGGGUUUAUUCUCGUUAUCGAGACGGUCUCCUAUUAUGGACACGAAUCAUCAUUAUCAUCAUCAUCAUCAUCAUCACCACCACCACCACCACCACCACCACCACCACCACCACCACCACCACCACCACCAUUCUCAUCCUCAUUAUGAUUCACAUCUAUCAUUUACCACGAUCACACUUUUCAUUAGUUUUUCCUAAUCUCCCUUCAUGGUCAACACAUUUCUACAAUCUCGCGGUGCACAUCAUACAAAGCACAUGUCUAUUAUCGAUGAUAUGAGAACAAAAGAGGCACUUAUCUAUGC